GCCCGCGCGGGCCUUGCUUGCCCUCCAGUGGGAGUGGGUGGGGACUACAACUCCCAUCGUCCGCGGCUAAGCGCAGGGGACUCCGGUUUCCUCCAGAUGCGCAAAGAACGGCCGUGAUUUCCCUUCCACGGGGGUCUCCGGAUUCUCCUUGCUGCUCUUGACCCACCCCUGCCUGGCGCACCAUGGUGUCUUACCACAUCCGCGAGUACCGUCCCGGGGACUACGAGACGGUGCGUGACUUGUUCGCCACCGGGAUGAGCGAGUACGUGCCCACUCUGUGCAUUCACAUGCUGAAGCAGCCUUGGGUCAUUCUGAUCCUGGCUUGCACCUUCAGCCUCCUGCUGACCAGCUCCAAGUCGUUGCUCCUACCCAUCCUGGCUAUCACCUUGCUGCUGGCCGUCGGCCGGCAACUCCUGGGUUACAUCUGGUCGAUGUACAUCGACCACUGUCUCCAGAAGGACCUGCUGGACAUCCAGGCCACGUACCUCGGCGACAGCGGCUCGUGCUUUUGGGUGGCCGAAGCGGACGAAUGCGUGGUGGCCACCGUUGGGGCCAGACCUUCCGAAGAACAGCGCGACGAACUCAUGUUGAAGCGGAUGUCCGUUCGGAAGGAUUACCGGGGUUUUGGCAUCGCCAAAGCUCUCUGCAAGACUGUGAUCUCUUUCGCCCAGGAACACGGCUACUCUUCCGUGGUGUUGAACACGCUUAUGGUCCAGCAUGAAGCCCGGGCAAUGUACGAAGGGGUCGGCUUCCAUAAAUACCACCAUUAUGUCCUCCCCACGGUUUACGGCAGGCUGGCCAACUGUACAAUUUCCAAGUAUCGCUACGACAUUCCCAGCACCGAGUGAGGAAACCGCCGGAGGGUUUGCCUCCCAGCAAUUGGCUGCAUCCGCCCUCGCGUCCCCUUUCUUCUUUCCUGCACCUAGGACACCAGGUGGAACCAACCAAGGGCAGGGCUUAGAUUUGACACGCCCACAGGUUGUCGUAGGCUGGGUGACUUUGGGUCAAUAACCAGGAGACCGUGAGCUCUAGUUCUGUCCUAAGCACAAAAACCAACUAGGUGACUUUGGAUUAAUAACCAGAAGACAGUGAGUUCUAGGCCUGCUUUAGAUAUGAAUGCUGGCUGGGUGACUAGGCCAGUCACUCACUCUCAAUCUAGUCCACCUCGCAGGGUUGUUGUAGGCUGGGUGACUUUAGGUCAAUAACCAGGACAUCGUGAGUUCUAGGCCUGCUUUAGACAUUAAAGGUGACUGAGUCAGUCACUCACUCCCAGCCUAGUCCAUUCAAAGGGUUUUUGGGAGCUGGGUGACUUUGGGUCAAUAACCAGGGGACAGUGAGUUCUAGUUCUGUCCUAAGCACGAAAACCAACUACGUGACUUGGAGACAGUCUUGCUUUAGACAUGAAAGCUGGCUGGGUGACAGGGUCAGUCACUCACUCUCAAGCUAGUCCACUCAAAGGGUUUUUGUGAGCUGGAUGACUUUAGGUCAAUAACCAGUAGACUGUGACUUCUAGUCCUGCUUUAGACAUAAAAGCUGGGUUGGUCACUCAUUCUCAACCUAAAUCCACCUCACAGGGUUGUUGUGAGCUGGGUGACUUUGGAUCAAUAACCAGGGGACAGUGAAUUCUAGUUCUGUCCUAAGCACGAAAGCCAUCUGGGUGACUUUGAGCCAGUCGUCAGGAGGCUCCAAGUUCUAAUCCCGUUUUAGGCCCAAGAAACCAGCUGGGUGACUUUGGGCAACUCACCAGGCAACCGUGAGUUCUAGUCCUGCUUUAGGCACGAAAGCUGGCUGAAUGUCUAGGCCAAUCACUCACUCUCAACCUAAUUCACCUCACAGAACUGUGGGGAAAAUAGGAAGAGGAAGGACCAGCAGCUAUGUUCGCCACCUUGAAUUAUAUCUAAAAACAAUAAAGGCAGGGUUUUUUAAAAAAAACACUUAAAUUUGGUUUGGAAAAACACAGCCUUGUAACAUCGUAGUCCUUAUUGUGCCUAACGCUGAUUUCGGAAUGUCUCUCGCUGUCUGAGCGGUCACCCUGUUGUCUUUUGGGGGGGGGGUGUGUGUGCUGUGCACUGGCGUCGUGCAUUGUGGGAAAAUAAAUUUGAUUAUUCAGUAAAGUUGAAAUAUUU